AGUCAGGAAGAGCCUGAAGCUUUUCCCCUGAGAUGUCGUGGGGAAGGCUGAGGUGUCCUGGAGGGUGUGGGGAGGGCCAGGAAUUGAGAGGAAGGAGGAUGAGGUGUACUAAACCUAAAUCAACAUAGCUGGGAAAUGAGUGUUCACAGUAAUGAAGUGGUUUUCAGUGGGGAGGAAAAUGAGAUGGAAGGAGGAAAUGAACCCGGGGAUCCCUUUGCUGCCCACCAUGAGCACAUGAGGCAGAUGAUGAGGAGCUUCUCGGAGCCUUUUGGGCGGGACCCAUUCCUGAGCCUCCCCGAGGGAAGGGAGAGACCCAGAGCCGAGGGCAGAGCCCAGCAGGGAUCCCAGGUGGCCCUGAGGGGCCCUGGCAGGGCCACCAGCUUCUCCCUCAUGCCCUUUGCAGGUUUUGGGAGAGGGCAGGAUGUAGAUUUUGGGGAUCCAUUUUCUGCAAUGGACAGGAUGAUGUCAAACAUGAGGAACAGCAUGCUGGAAAUGCACAGGAAAUUUGAUGACCUGUCCAUGCAGCCCAAUGGAGGACACAGUUUCAGCUCCUCCUCCAUGAUGUCCUAUUCCAAAGUGGGGGAUGAACCCCCCAAAAUUUUCCAAGCCUCGGCCCAGACACGCACGGCUCCAGGAGGGAUUAAGGAAACAAGAAGAGCACUGAAGGAUUCUGAAAGUGGCAUGGAGAAAAUAGCCAUUGGUCACCACAUUCAGGAUCGGGCUCAUGUCGUCAAAAAAUCCAGGAACUCCAAGACUGGGGAUGAGGAGAUGAACCAAGAAUUCAUCAACCUGGAUGAAUCUGAGGCUGACACCUUUGAUGAGGAGUGGCAGAAAGAGAUCAUGAAGUUCAGGCCUUGCCGAAGCAGGGAAACUGUGGAAAAUCCAAGACAAAAUCCAAGAAGUAUCCAAUACAGCCCCAGGGAAAGUGGAUCAAGAAGAGAGAAGCCACUUGGAGCUCCAGGAUCCAGAAUGCCCAGGGAUUCCUUGGAGACUCUGAGUGUGAAAGGAACACACCUCCCCCUGAAGGGCUCCAAGAAAUAACUGUCCCUUUCCCUGGGAUGGAGAUUGCCCGGAGCAAUGCUGGUGCUCAGUGCUCGUGUCCAUACAAAUACACCCGGAUUUGUGACCAAUCUCUGUUCUGUGUUGUGCCUUUGCUCCUCCUGCUUCUGAAUGGCCUUCAGAGCUCAGCUCCCCACUCGGUUCAAACCCAACAACUUUCUGCCUAAAAGCACUUUAUGGAAUGUCUCUAAUCCUGGUAAAAGCAGCUUGGAUUUGCAGAGUUGUUCUGCUCCAGCUGCACCAAUCUCAGGCUUUACUAAGCCUGGUACUGCAGCUCCUCCUUCCCACUCUGAGUUGCACAGAAAGUAAAUUCCCUUUAUUUUGGGUUGCUGAAAUAAUUACUGAUUUUCUAGGACUUAAAUACACUAUAAAGCACUAUUAUCUAUACCUUUAAAAUCAUACUAUAAAUUGUUACAGAACCCCCACACUCACCUUGGAGGGGAAAUGCUGAAAUAGGGCAAUACUUUACAUUUAUCAGAGUGUUUAUGUUGAUAAGCUGUGCUUGCACCUCAUUUCCUGUGCCUGAACUGUCAACUUUGUAUUCCUGAUCCUUUGUUUGUUUUCUGUGGAGUUGGCCCAACAUUUUCCAUUUUGAGGAUUGUCUGUAGUAUUUAAUUACUUGAAUUAUCCUGCAGUAAUAACAGUGUCCUGAGAUCAGGUGCAACUAGGAAUCCCUCAUAGGAAAAAUUUGUGGGAGAAAUGAGUUAAACUGGAAUGAUUUCACAAUUUCUUGUGUUCUGAAGAGCCCUGGAUACAGGAGCCACUCUCCUUUCUGUAUUAUUUGUGUUUUAUUGAGGGUAGAAUGACCCCAAAUCUACAUUUGCUAGGAGUUUAGAAGAGCCAGCAGUGUCUGAGAGCAGGAAAAUCCUGGGAUCCCAGGUGUUCAGAAUUAUCCCUGUGGUGUAGCAGAAAGAAUUUCUGUAAAUUAAAUAACAUUAGAUAAUAUAAAUUAAUUUAAUAACAUUAAAGAAUUACAUAAAUUUAAGGCUCCAUUAUAAUGUAGUCUUUAAAAGUACUGUUUGUAUGAUAAAAUAGGGUUUAGUCAGUUGAGAGUAAUAUUUGUUUGGCCAAAAAGCCUCUAAAUCAUAUUUAAUCUUCCUGCAGUUUCCCAGAAUAUUUAAUUUUAAUGAAUGAAUGUUAAUUAAUGUGCAAACCCAGUUAGCAGCACUUUUGUUGAGCUCUGAAAAGGGAAGGACAAUUAUUUGUAUGUGGUCUCUUCCUGAAUUAGAGAAGUAUCAGUGGCAAUAAAUUGAUGUGAUCAAUAUUAAUGGCAAGAAUGGAACCAUUUAAUGAGCAGUGAAGGUCAGGGGGGUUUGGACACCCCUUAAAGUCAGAGCUCAACCCUGGGCUCAUCUUCCAUCCACCAUGGAGUCUGCAAUUAAUUUAUUAGAUAAUCUCAGUAAUUACAGCAGCAAUGUUUGCUGUGCUGGAAUUGGAGCAGGAACCUGGGAGAGCUGCUGCUGUUAAAUGGAAAAUUCACCUGACAACUCGGAUUUUUGUGUGAAAUAAAACAAGGGUUUUGAAAUGA